AUGAUCGGAAUGAAGAGCCAGGAUUGGCCAACAAUUCAUCAGUCGCCUGAGAUGCAGGCGUUGCGUGACUAUGUCACUGCUGCUGAUGGCAGCAGGUACGCCAACCAGGCAGCAUCAACCCUGCGUCUGGAUGUCACUCAUUCGAACCUCAUGCAGCGAUGGCAUGACCUGGUUUUUGAUUCCGGCAUGACAGUGAGCAGAGUCAAGGAGAAGCUCUACUCGCACGGCGGAACACCGGCUGCAGACCAGGAGUUGUACCUGCGGCGAGGCGGUGGGGAUACCCUCUUUCUCUGGGACGAGCGCAAGACGCUGGCGGACUAUGGCGUUAAGAAUGGCAUGGAGAUCCACAUCAAGGACACCAAUCCAUACUCGCUCUCUGCGAAUGGAGGCCUUGAAGAUGUGAGCCAAGUGGAGAAAUACGUCAUGCCGGACGAGGCCUAUGACAAGCUGGAGAACAGCGUCCGUGCCAUCAAGCGCAGGGAAAAGGAAAAGGCAGAGGCCGAGCUCGCUGCCAGAAUAGCAGCGGGCGAGGUGAUAGAAGAGGAGCCUGCAGAGAGCACAGAGCAGGUCUCCGAGCGAAUACCAAUGGGAAGCCGCUGCCAGGUGCAACCUGGAGGCCGCCGCGGUGAAGUCGCGUUUGUCGGCGCGGUGAGGGGCGUCAAGGGCGUGUGGAUCGGCAUUCGCCUGGACGAGCCGCAAGGCAACAACGAUGGCUCCAAGGAGGGCGAGCGAUACUUCAACUGCAAAGGUGAGAAGUAUGGUUGUUUUGCGCGGCCCGAGAAUGUCGAAGUUGGCGAUUUUCCGGAGCUGGACCCAUUCGCCUCUGAUGAAGAGUUCUGA